ACAAAUGGAUUUUCUCAUUUUCUGAGCUCGAAACUGUUUUUAAAAAUUAGCUUACCAAAUGAGUUUUUUUUUCAUUUUUCCAUCUCUAAACAAUUUUUAAAAAUUUAAUUACCAAACAGAUUUUUGUUUAUUCUCUUUUAAAAAACGAAAAACUAAUUUUAAAAACUAAUUCAAACAAGCCCUUACUCUUCCAUUCUCAGAGACGUCCAACUCUUCUUCCUCUCUCUCUCAAAGCCGCUGCACCGCCCGAUUCCGGCCAUCCCUUCUUCCUCUCAAACCGCCUGCGCAGGGGCCAAUAUUUAAGAUCAGAACAGGGUCUCCCAAUUGUUUAAGACAACCUUGGAUUCAGGGGGAAAUGUCGAGCCAUCGUGUCCCAGGGCAAAUGUCGAGCUAUGUGUGGCGAAAAUAUGCAGAUUAUUUGUUCACAAAAUGGGAGAAAACCUUUCUCUGGGAUAUGGUUGAACCUUACAGAAGACCUAAAUCAUUCACUCCUGUUGUUGUUACUUAUGUUGCUGCUUUCUACACUGGGGUUAUUGGUGCUGCCAUCACUGAACAACUCUACAAGGAAAAGUACUGGGAAGAGAACCCUGGGAAAGCAGUUCCUCUCAUGAAACCAACGUUUUAUCGGGGUCCAUGGAGGGUAAUGGGGGGUCAGAUUCCCCGAUACGAAUGAAAAGCUCGAGGCAUGUUUGAUGGUUGGUUCCGAUUCAUCACAUCUUACCACUGUUUAUAGUCAAGGACUGUUUGGUGUUGAUGAGAAUUCACUUUGCAUAUGUAAUUUUAUAGGCAAAAACCUAUAUCGUAUCAGAGUGUGUUUUCUUUUCUCUUGGUUCAUGACAUUGCUGAAAAAUAAGAUCAUUCGAUUCCAAUGUACAUGAACAUGUUUUAAUACUAAGAUGUAGAUUUAUGGGAUAACUGUUUUGUUGUAUCUUCUGCUAUGGAUACAUCACUUAGACUGAGUGAGAGACUUCACCUGAUACAUCACUUGUCUACGGAUUGAAUCCCAUCUAUAAACAUGCGUUGUUUAAUGA